AUGAAUACAAGAAGAGGAAAUGCAGGGAGGACGCAAGAGGAGAAUGUCAAUGAGGGAGCUCCUCCCCAAGAUCCUCAAGCUCCUAAUGAAGAAGGGGCUUUGACUAAUGUGGAUAUAACGUCGGCUCUCCAAACAUUGACUCAUGUUUUGACGACUCAAGUCACUAGGUAUGAUAGAGCUCAUAAGAAUCCCAAUGCAAGUACAACCGCUUCAAGGAUUAGGGAUUUCACAAGAAUGAAUCCCCCUAAAUUCUAUGGCUCCAAAGUGGAUGAAGACCCACAAGGGUUUAUUGAUGAAGUGUUUAAGGUGCUUAAUGUUAUGGGUGUGUCUCCAACAGAGAAGGCGGAACUAUCCGCCAACCAAUCAAAAGAUGUGGCUCAGCAAAUUGAGGAACAAAAGCUCAAGCAAGUGAAUAGUAAAGUAAAGAGGGCAAAGACCGAUGAUGGGAAUUAUUCCAAGGGUAAGUUUGAGGUACAAGGUAAACCAAGGUUCAAGAAGAGGUUUUCUAAUCAAGGCUCCUCUAGCACUCCAAGAGUCAACAAAGAUAGGGUGUCUAACCCUAAGCCACAAGGAGGUAAUAGUGGUAGCUCUUAUGUUGAUAGGCCUAAUUGUGCAAAGUGUGGUAAAUAG